AUGUCGGCUAGCGGAUUUAGAACUGCGACACCACUGUUUCCAGCGCCAGCUCCUCGGAGAAAGUAUCCUUUGGAAAUUAAGGCUGGAAGACUGUUUCGCGAUGGAGAGACAAAUUGGGUUAAACCUGACGAGAAGAAAGGAUUGGUAUACAUGGAUCAGGGAGAGGAUGGAUUAAUGCACUUUUACUGGAAGGAUCGGAAAACUGGCGCUGUUGAACUGGAUCUCAUCGUCAUUCCUGAGGAAUGCGAGUUCGUCCGAGUGCCACAGUGUACAACAGGACGCGUAUUCUUGUUGACUUUCAAAUCUAAUAAGGAGAAUUACUUUUUCUGGGCUCAGAACGCGAAAGAUGACAAGGAUGAGGAAAAUCUUGCCAGAGUAAACCGAUUAAUUAACGAUCCACAAGGGGCCCUGGCGGAGAACAGACAGCAAAGUAGUAGCAGCAGUGCUAUGCCGGGUUCAUUCCGUCCAAUGGAUGAGUUUUCCGGCUUGGGAAUGGAUCAAGAUCAGUUAUUUCAGAUCUUACAGCAGCAUGGUGCCUUUGGAGGAUUAAAUAUUCCUGCGACAACAACUGCAACAGAACCACAACCUUCAACGAAUAUUUUAUCCGAAGAGCAUUUAACAACGCCUGCUUCCGAACAAGCGGGCAUGACAUCUGAACAAUUGGGCAGUCUCAGAAACAUCCUGUCUAGAAUACAAGUUCCGGAAGGAGACCAUCAACCUGAUUUGAAUUUGGCGGACAUUCUUACACCAUCCGCCAUUGAGCCAUUAUUGAAUAACCCAGAAAUAGCAUCAGUAUUAUUCCCAGAAAUUCCCCAAAACAUUGAAAGAACACCAGAGGAGUUACGAGAAGUCAUGCGAAGUCCGCAGUUCCACCAAGCUUUACAGACACUCAGUGUUGCCUUGCAAUCAGGAGAAUUAGGACCACUAUUGUCACAACUUGGUCUGGAUCCGUCUGCUGGUAACGGGGUGGAAGCAUUUCUUCGUGCUAUUCAAGAACAAGUGCAAGGACAAGGUGAAGGAAGUGAGCGAUCACGGGAUAACAAUACAGACCAAGAUUAUCCGGAAGGCGAUAGAAUGGAUGAAGAUUAG